CCGAUAAGAAUCAAAAGAUUUUGUGAUUUUAUCAGAGCGGACCAUGUCUUCCUUAAUCCACAAUGGUUUCGGUCGUCACAGAAUGGACUUAUUUCUAUUGUAUCUCAUCCUUCCGCUGGAGCUCGUUGCCGGUGUAAUCCGGGUUUACCAGAACGAUUUCGGCAUCCAGGCCUCCUCCCCAGUUUGUGCCAUUUAUGAUGAUCAGCAGAUUGUUCCUGGAGCACAACCUCCGACGUAUCCUUGGGUAGCCCUGAAAAUACCCACUCCGGCCGACGCUUGCAGAAUCUUCCCAGCACCAUACCCGCGACGGUUUAGUGGGACACAGGGAAAGGGAAUCCCGAGAAUGAUAUUGUUGAUGGACGACAGCGAGUGCCAGGUUGAAAGAGGUUGGAAAGCCGGCGGUUAUGGAACUGGACCGGACGACGAUUUUUACACCAAAAUCCUGAAGGCACAAAAUCUCGAUUACGUUGGAGCCAUUACGUGUAUCCCAGGAUGACCGUCUUGCACCAGCCGCUUCCCUUCAGUUUCAAUCUCUCCGACCCGGGCCAGAUGUCGGCUACGUGGCUCUCCCGUCAUUACGCCUUCCCCAUUCCCGUGCCAACCGAAAUGGCGAAAAUAAUCCGGAUUCCCGUGCAUUUCGUCAGUUAUGACCAGGCCAUGAUGUUGAAGCAAUAUGCAUACAACGGUCAAGAUAUUCCAACCGGAUUCCAUUUUGACUUAACACCACCGGCGCGCGGGAUGACACAAGUGGUCUCUGGCGCCGAUAAACUGGGAAACACCUACCAGACGACUACAAGCGCAACUGCCGAAUUCGUUUCCCCGGACCGGAGCAAGUUUUUCCGGUCACAACGCAGACCGGAUGCUACAGAGCCGACUCGAACAACACCCACCUUUGAUUAUACAAAUUACUCCAACCUCCAGUCUUUACGGCAGUAUACACCGUGGAUCGAUGAUUCUCGUGCUUUUCCAACGAUGAACCCGGCAUGGAUGACCGCCACUCCGAGUCCGCUAUACAUAUCACCGGACACGUUUGUCAACUGGUAUCUUGCGAUGACCCUUUUCCUGAUGGUUCUCAUCGCCCUAUUGCGGUACACCUGCAAACACCUGCGAAAAAGGCGACCAGUUUUGCCAGUCGCUGCCCCAGUUUUGCCGGUUGCUGCCGAAACGGUCAACCGUCCAGGAAGGAUUACGGAACGUCUGCAUCGAACCGACGAAGAGAUCGCGCAAAUUCUGGCGGCUCGCGAGGAAAUGGUCUAUCGGUUGAUUUUCACGCUCAUUGCGCAAGAGCAGGCAGCUGAAGAGCGACAACGCCUGACAGCCACCGAUACACCGCUCAGCGCUGGGGAAAUGGAACAGCUCCCGCGCACCGAAAUCACCGGGCCUUCGGACGAUAUCUGCCCCACGUGCCAACAGAAUUUCACGGAGGGCGAGCUGAAGAUUGUCCUACCUUGCACGCAUGUUGGACAUGAAGCGUGCUUGACAACAUGGCUGACGACGUAUUCCCGCAAGUGUCCGGUGUGCCGGCAGCCUGUUUUUGUGGAUGAUACUGCGGGAUCGCCACCGAAUUCUGAUGUAUUACUGGAUGUGGAUACUUGAUCGUGAAUUAAACUGUUUCUCGGAGGGAUUUUCGUGGUUGUUGGGUGUGAUCUCGAAUUUUUUGUUGCUCAUUGGUGAAUUUCCUGUGAAAGAGGCGAUGGCGUUCUGUGUUACGCGGACUAUACUUAUUUUGUUUUAUUUUAACAAAGUGCUUGAACUUACUGUUGCCGGGGCCCGGAUGUGUUGAGGUUUUGUACUGGAAUUCUGUAAGUUUAGCGAAGAAAAUAUCGAU